AUGGACCAGGAUGAUAUCCCGUUCGCUUCCGCUGAAGGACUCCGAUUUUGCAAAACAGCCGUCCUGGAUGACUCUCGUAUUCGCUCUGUUUUGAAGUCUUUCUUCAAGUGGUCUGGGCUAGGUUUGUACAGGUCGAUUGGAGCCCGGCCUGGGGCCUAUGCCUUCAUGCAGAGCGACCCGGACGCAGAGGUGGAAGGUCUACUCGUUCGUCUGGCAACGAAGGGAUCCAAGGCUACCUUUUGGAGAGGUUCACAUCGUUGUCAAUGGCCUAGCACCAUCGGGGAAAAUAAUCUGUGGUUCGUCCCUCGCGCGGCACUCGCGAAGCUCCGUUUGUUCGGAGUCGAACCUGUUACAUGCAUAUUCGAACACGGUGGUUUGAUUAUUAUAGAUCCUCGUGUUCCAACAGAAAUCAUGGAGGGAGAAACUACAACUUUUGGGUUUGGGACAAAGGAGGUCCUCGAGGGAAGCUGGAAGCCGAUGAAAAUACCCAAGACGGAUGACAUUGAAGAAGUUAUAUCUAUUAUGGAAUCAUCCGAUUUUGGAAUCAACAAGGAAUAUAUAGAACCACAACGCAAGCGAUAA